CGUCACCCAUAUUCGGGUGACAUAGCAGUCAAAUAAAAUGCGCGUGGUAGUCAACGUGUUAACGUAGAUUGGACGCAAAGUUUGUUACCUAGCAACGGUAACCAUUGUUGACCACCUCCAGCAGAGUACACCCGUAAUCUUGGCAUUGUUACCUCAUCGUUACCUUACCACGCGUUGUUAUCAUUAAACUCGGUGGAGUUUCACGCCAAAUAUACACUUACAUACGUCGUAUCGAGUAUACGCCAGAUCUGAUGGAGAUUUCGUAAUCGAAAUGUCAAACGUCACCUAUAACGAGCUCUGGAAAAGCACUCAGUCCGCUCUGCAAGAAAUAAUUCGAGCAGACACGAUUUUGCAAAGCUCGGAACCGCACAAAGACCGAAAAAAAGCUCACUACGACGUGGCGGAUCUUUACGUGAGAUAUGUCGUUAUUUGCAACAAUCUUAACGAGUGCUACGACCAAAUCGUCCAGCCCCAAAAAAGACUCGUUAUUAGAAAGCUCCUAGACUCGACUUUAGGCAGAGCCGUUGAGUUAAAACACGAGCUCGUCGAGAUCGACCUUUCCGAGUAUAAUUACUACGACGAUGUACUCCUCAAAUAUAACAUAUUACCCCAGGAGGCUGAGAUACAAGUGCCAACGUAUUUCCUACGAGAACGCGAGAAGGAGAUAGCCGAAAGAAGGAAGUUCAUACAAGACACCCUGAGGAAUUUGGGAACUCUCGAGGAAAAGCCUAUUCCGAAAAUAAUGACCGAAGCUGAAGCCAUUCGGAUGAUACAGAAAAACGAACGAGCUCGACAAGGUCGCAUGAGAUUUCAAUUCAUGAAGGAAAUUUGCGAGAUAAAGGAUAGAUCCAUAAUGAAAUCGGAGCCAGCAGGAAGUGACAAAGCCAGUGGAACGGCGGCGAUUUUAAAAAUCCAAAAAGUCUGGAGAGGAUACAUGGCAAGGCGUGAAGUGAAAAAGAGACGCAUCGAGGAGAUGUUUCUGAUAGGUAUGCUCCAGCCGAGUCAAGUUAUCACGGAAAGUGUGAGGCAAAUUGAACAAACCAAGCUGCGGAGACACGAGAAACAGCUGAUGUUUCAAGAGUGCUAUGAGAAACUUGUGGUCGAAACGGAAUCGAGGAUUCGCAGCGAAAAAACAGCCCUCAUCGAGGAGAAACUUAGAACGGAUAUUCGAAAUUGGAUCAAGAACUGUUUUGAGCGAACUGGAAAGAUCCCGGAUCUACCAUCAGCUGAGAGCGGUGGAUCUCGAUUGAUAUUUAGUCGACAGGACUCGGAUAGCAACUUGAGCAGGUCCAGUGAGGUAUCGUCGAAGAAAUCUAAAAAAUCGAAAUCAAAGGACGAGGAGUCGGAGCAAUCGGAAGAGGAGUCCGAUCCAGGAUUCAAGCCCAUCCCCUCGAAUUUCCUGGCAGAAAUUAUACAGGCUGAUCAGGAAUAUCAGGAUACGUGGAAAGAUAAGGACGAGUCGAUGAAUUUCGCGCAGGAGCCAUACCUCGAUAUGAUCGAAGACGAGAAGACGAAACUCGUAGUAGAUGAAGUUCGGGUUGUGGUGGACGAGGCGAUGAGAGAGGAUAUCGAGGCUUUACAGAUCGCCUUAGACAGAGACAUGGGAAUAAAAGGUAAACGCCAGAAACCGCCAGCGAAGAAGGUGCGUCGAAGCGGUAAGAAGAACAAGAAAAAAAAGGAAAAAGACCUUACACCGGAUAGAUCAACGGAAUCGCUCCUGGAAGAACUCCUAGAGAAUGGAAUAGUCAAGUUUCACCCUGAGAUUCGAUUGAGUAGCUUUAAAGGCGAAAAGUCUUACGCCAACUUCGAUCUUCGGGAAGCAGAUAAAGACCCGCUUCCGAGUCUAGGAGAUAUCAAACAGGUGAUAACCGAAUAUUGCAUUAUUCCUCUCGGCAACGAAACCAUCAGAGAGCUCACUCCUUUGGUGAGAUCUGUCCUGAUAACAGGACCACAGGGCAGUGGGAAAAAAAUGUUGGUAAACGCAAUCUGCACCGAGCUGGGGGCCACAUUGUUCGAUUUGACUCCUGCAAACAUUGCUGGGAAAUAUCCUGGAAAGCCUGGCCUCAUUAUGCUGAUGCAUUUAAUAUCAAAGGUCUCCCGAUUACUGCAACCUUCGGUGAUAUUCAUGGAUGGAGCGGAAAAGCCUUUCGUAAAGAAGGUACCUAAGACGGACAAGACAGACCCGAAACGACUGAAGAAGGAUUUGAUUAAAUUUGUGAAGAGCAUCAUGAACGACGACCGAAUUAUCGUAAUCGGUACCUCGAGUGCUCCAUGGGAUGCGGACCAAAAGCUUUUGUUUCAAACCUAUGACAAAAUUAUUUACGUUCCCAGACCAGACUACGGUACCAUGUCCCUGAUCUGGCGAGAUCUGCUAUUCAAGUACGCAGGAAUUAGCAGGCAGUUUGACAUUUCGUCAAUGACCAGAGCCUGCGAUGGAUAUACCAUUGGAAAAGUGUUGGAGGCUAUUAACGAGGUAUAUUGACUUGCUAGCCGUCUCAUGGCAAUUAUGACCACAAAGAGGAUGGUCCAGCUGAGAGUCCAACCGCUUACGCACGGAGAACUGGUGAAUGCCUUGAGCUUGAGAGAUCCAGUUUAUCGCGAGGAGGAAGACACGUUUUUGGCUUGGUUGACUAAAACCCCUAUGGCGAAGAAGAAGCAAAGAGCGAUAGAACUGGAGUUGCAGAGGCUCGAAGAAGAAAUGGAAAAAUUGAAGGCAUCCGGAAAGAAGUAAAGGCGAUAAAAAUGUCUACUAUAAUUAACGUCAAGGGAGUUGUUGGUGCAAUCCUUGCUCGAUGAAGAAUGAGUUCCGGGAGCGCAAAAAUGAAUUCAAUGAUUUUCCAUAUCAUUGUCUAAACGGAGUCACGAUUCUGUCAUGCAUCGGUCAGCUGAAUUCAAUCUAAUCGAUGUGUCUAUAUUUAUUUAAACUUUGCCCUCCAAUCAACCAAUUCGCACGUGGUCGGGAUAAGCGUGUCUGCCGCUGAUGCAGAUAUAGGUCCAUGUGCGGAUGAAAUUUCAAAGCUGAGAGCAGCACAGAUUCCACGAGAAAGCUUUGCACUGCGAUAUGCAAAUGGAAUAAUAGAAAGAGACAUUUAAUAAUUUUCAGGUUUAAAAUUCCCGAUUUCGACCGUCAGCAUGAUUUGAGUGUCCUUUGAGUCCUUUUGCAGUGAAAUUACGUCAACAUGAGUCCGACAAAAGGAAUAAAAUAAAGCGAGUAACGUCAAGCGUUGCAGAUUUCCAACAAUACAUAAAGAGAUUAUCAGACGUUUUGACCGGGUCAUAGCGGU